AUGCACCUGUACCUGGCAUUGAUCUCUUGUCUGGUGAGCACGGCGCACUGCUGGCAGUUCGAUGGCGGAGGCGGUGGUGCUUCAGUUAUUGGGGGUCAAAAGCAGCUUCGCAUGGCGAGGAACACGGCACGAGCAUUGGCACGAGGUCCACCGCCGGUGCGAGGAUCGGCGGCGCUGCUCGGCAGUCAGCAGCAGGAUGUGCUGUACGCCUGUCCACUUAACUCGAUGUGUCAGUGUGCCGGACUGCCCAACGAGACGUCCACGCUGAUUGAGAUUAAUUGCAACGAGGUGGCGCUCUACAAGUUUCCAGAGUUCAUCCAUAGCAGCGUGCGUUAUAUCGAAAUGUCGAAUACGCAUCUGCAGACCGUCGAUGAUGAAACAUUCCAGGGAUUGCGUCUGAAGACACUGAAGCUAAUCGACAACGAACUGCAGGACAUUUCCGAGCGCAGUUUCAGCACCAUGACGUAUUCGCUAAUGACGUUGGACAUAUCCGGCAACAAGAUGCAACAACUGCCUCUGGAGGCGCUACAAAGACUGCAUUCCCUCACGCGACUAGUAGCGCAACGCAAUCAUAUAACAACGCUGGAUGGCAACUGGGAGGCGCAACAUGAUACGCUGCGAUCUCUGCAUCUUGCCGGCAAUGAUAUCACCGAAGUAACUCCAGGUGGCAGCAUGGAGUCACUGUCAAGUGGAGGCGAUAACAGUUCGCAGCCUUCCAGUUUGGCAGCGGUUCAAACCAGGAUGGAAGCGAACAAUGUGUUGCAUGUAGCAACUCCUGGCAGUGGCGAUCGAUCUGGGAUGCGUCCAUUUGAUCAGUUGCAGAAACUGCUUUGGCUGGACUUGUCCCACAAUCGGAUAACUCAUGUGGCAGCCAACUAUUUGCCACGAUCGCUGGUCACCAUGGAUCUGUCCAGUAAUUUGCUGAGUGUGUUUCCUCAACAAUUGUUCGAGCAAUUGCCGGAGUUGCGGAUUGUGAGUCUGCGGGAUAAUCUGCUGAGAAAUGUUCAGUGGAAGGAGGUGCCAGGACGUCCGUUGCGAAUGCAUCUUGAGAAGCUGGAUCUUGGCCAGAAUUGCAUUGAAAACUUGGAAUCGGAUUAUUUUCAACAAAACUACACGGAUGUUCACAUACGUGCUCUCAACAUGGAACAGAACUAUGUCACACAGUUGCCGGCGGAGGUCUUUAAGGCCACAGGGAUUGUGCAUCUCGUGUUGGCUUUUAAUGUCAUCGGUCGCGUUCAUCCCGCUGCCUUUGAGGGUCUUACCGAUACCCUGGAAUACCUGGAUUUAGAAAGGAAUCGAUUGACUACAGUGCCGGCUGCCAUCUCCUCAUUGCAUCGUCUUAGAUACUUGUAUUUGACCUCCAAUCAAAUUAAUCAGUUGAGCAAUUUGCCUUCAUUCACCGAGAAUCUGAAAGUUCUGAGCCUGAGUGGCAAUAACUUUACCAUGAUACCCGUAUUAGGGCUAAAGAACUAUACGCAGUUAUCAUAUCUGAACAUGGGAUACAACUCCAUAGCGGAUAUUCCUGAGGGCAUCUUUGCUGUCGAUGGUUGGGGCGCAAAUCUACAGACAAUUCUGCUGAGGAACAACAAAAUAACCCAUCUUCAUUUGGGUUCGUUUGCGGGCUUAGAUCAAAUACAGGAGAUCAGUCUGAGUUUUAAUGACAUAACCAUACAUCAUCCUCUGGUCUUUGAGAAUGUUUCGCAUACGCUGAAAAUACUGGAGCUCUCCUUUGCCGUAUUUCCGGCUAGAAGUGUAGAAUCGUUGGAUCCUUUGGAUGCGCUACUUCCGCUUUCGCAGCUCAUCUGGCUUGGCCUCGACAAUAACAAUCUGAAGACUAUCUCGAAUGAGUCCUUUGCUCAAAUGCGAGAACUGAGUUACAUCAAUUUAAGCUUCAAUCAACUCAAGUCACUGCCCUGUGGACUUUUUCUGCCCGAUGCCCACAGUCAUCUGGUCGAGAUUGAACUUUCCUACAAUGCCCUGGAGCGUCUGGAGCCACAAACUUUUCACAACUUGGGAGAUCUACAGACCCUUAACCUGCAAUCGAAUCGUCUUCGCAGCAUCGCACGUCAUGCCUUUCACAACAUGGAGUUUCUACGCUACAUAGAUCUCUCCCACAAUCGUCUGAGCAACAUUUCCCAUGCCGCCUUCACAAUCCUCCCAAAUCUGGCCGCAUUGGAUCUCAUGCAUAAUCAACUGUGUUCAAUUUCACUAAAGUCCUUCCAUUAUGUGUCCAAUGCAACGACUCCACUGAGACUCAACCUGAGCCACAAUCACAUCUCGUACUUCGACGAUGAGCUGAGCAGCUAUAUGUACAUAUAUCAGUUGGACAUCAGUCACAAUCAUGUGGCCAAGUCGGAUAGCUUUACCAAUCUGGCAAAUACUCUGCGCUUCCUCAAUAUGGCUCACAAUGCUUUGGGCUCCCUGCAGAGCAAUGCCUUUGGGAAUUUGGAAUUUCUAGAGAUUUUGAAUCUAUCACACAACAAUCUAAGCACACUGCGACGUCGUAGCUUUCUGGGCUUGAAUAGUUUGCAGGAGCUCGAUCUGAGCCACAAUCAAUUGGAUCAACUGCAGGUGGAACAGUUCUCCAAUCUUCGCAAGUUGAGGAUUCUAAGGAUUUGUUCGAAUCGAUUACGAGCUUUGCCCCGUGAAGUCUUUAUGAAUACUCGUCUGGAGUUUCUGGACAUUUCGGACAAUCAGUUGAGUGUUUGGCCCGUUCCAGCUUUUACGGAUAUCGGGUUUACUCUGAGGUCGAUUCAGAUGUCGCGCAACAAUCUUGAAUAUUUGGAUGCCUCCAUGUUUGUCAACUCACAGUUCCUGUAUGACAUUAGUCUGGCCCGCAAUCGCAUAACCAUUUUGCCGGACAACACUUUUAGUUUUCUCAACAAUCUGACCAAUCUGGAUCUUUCCGAGAAUCCCCUCGUUACCACCAAUCUCCGCGAGGUCUUUGUGCAUACGCCCAGGGUUCGCAAACUGAGCCUUCAUCACAUGGGACUCUACGUGUUGCCACCGCUGAAAUUGCCGCUGCUCUCCUACCUGGACGUCAGUGGCAACUACUUGCAGGAGCUGUCUCCUCUUGGGGUUUUGCGUCACUUACGACACGUUAACAUCUCCCACAACAAGUUAAUCAAUGCGAGUUGUGCCGUGGAUCAUUUGCCAACCUCAGUAAGGGUCCUGGACCUUGCUCACAAUCCCAUUCGUCGGAUUACUCUGCACGAUCUCUUGAGUUUGCGUCAUCUCUCAGAACUCAAUCUGCUCGACAUUAAGGUGGCCAAUCCUCAGGCUUUUUCCAAGCUGCGUUCCCUCCGCAAACUUCAUGCCAGCUCGCAUGCGAAUCUCGGGGAAAUUGUCUCUAGGCUGCCGGGCUUGCAGGAGUUAAAGGUUCACUGUCUGGAGCCCAACAUUGGAGGCCAACUCUUGCCCAAGCUGGCCAACAACACAAAGUUACAACUAGUGGAGUUGUAUGGCAGCAAUGUGCAGACCAUUUCACCCGAUGUCUUUGCCGGACUUUCACGUAACCAGCGACUUCAAGUGAAGAUUUCCCACACACGCAUUUCCGAUUUACCCCCGGGUAUUUUCUAUACACUUCGCGAGGUGCCACAUCUUUCCAUUGAUAUAUCGCAUAAUCGCAUCAAUGCCCUCGCCGCCGAUAGUUUCUAUCCGAACAAGAGCUAUUGGGAUACGGUAGGAACAAGGAGUAUUAUGGGUGGUCUCAUCACAUCCCACAAUCCUCUGGAGUGCGAGUGUGGAUUGGUCUGGUUUGGACAUUGGCUGAGACGCUGGCUAAGAGAAUCGGCACAAAUCAAAGUCAUUCAGAAGGAUGAUCUCAAGCGCAUGGUUCAGCGUGCCCGUGCCAAUACGUGUCACGAUCCCACAUCGGGUCGACAUCUGCCCAUUCUGGAGAUCUUUCCCGAGGAUCUGCUCUGUCAGGCCAGUGCUUUGAGCAGCUCUGGGCAGCGCAUCUUUCUUUUAUCCUUUGCGGCGGCGUUAACGCUGCCACUUUUCACAUUAUCCCUUUGAUGUUGGCUCUAGUUGCUGGACUUGGCCAAGUAAUUUUGAUUGGCUUGCUAUCAACUCAACUGGGGAUAAUCACGAAUGGAAAUAUGUAUUAUAUUGUAUAUAAAGUUGAACAUAAUAACUAAUCGCACUUGGAAUUAGGUAAAGAACCCUAACAAUAACGAACAGCAAAUCGGUUUAUGUCCACUCGUAACUAUAAGUUUUAUAUAUAGACAUAAACAUAUUUAAUAUUUAGACAUAUGAAUUAGGACUCCAAAAACUGCGGCACGUUGUCGCAGUUGCCAAGCGUCUUGCGUUGCGGAGUUUCGAUAAAAAACAAAAAAAAACUAUUUAAUAACUUUAA